GGACUCGAGAGAGAGAUGGAGAGUUUGAGAGAAGGGGGUCAAUUUCGUCGCUCUUUCAAAAUAAAGUUGCUAUCCAUUUGGCUGCCAUCUCAGAAAAGCCACCACCAAAUCCACAUAAUUCCAUUCAUGCCCCCAAUUUCCGCCCUUUCCUCCCUCUAUAACUCUCCGAUUCUUUUCAUUUUCAAACCAUAACUCACAUACUCCAGUGUGUUUGUGCGUGUAAAUAGCUACUGCGAUGGACGGAGGUGCGGUCAACAACCCUCGCACGGUUGAGGAGGUUUUCAAAGAUUUCAAGUGCAGACGCAAUGCCUUGAUCAAAGCUCUUACCACUGAUGUUGAAGACUUCUUCCAGCAGUGUGAUCCUGAUAAGGAAAAUCUGUGUCUUUUUGGAUUACCCAAUGAGCAAUGGGAAGUAAAUCUACCUGCAGAGGAGGUGCCUCCAGAGCUUCCAGAACCUGCUUUAGGUAUAAACUUUGCCAGAGAUGGAAUGCAAGAAAAGGACUGGCUAGCUCUUGUCGCUGUCCACAGUGAUGCGUGGCUACUUUCUGUUGCCUUUUAUUUUGGUGCCAGAUUUGGUUUCGAUAAAGCUGCUAGGAAACGUCUAUUCAAUAUGAUAAAUGAUCUUCCGACCAUUUUUGAAGUUGUGACAGGAGCUGCAAAGAAGCAAGUAAAAGAGAAAUCGUCCGUCUCAAACCAUAGUGGCAGUACAUCCAAGUCAAAUCCAAAAUUGGGGAGAAUGUCAAGGCCCCAACCAAAGGAUGAUGAUGAGGGAUUGGAUGAAGAGGAGGAAGACGAGCAUGGGGAAACCUUGUGCGGAGCAUGUGGUGAAAAUUACGCCUCGGAUGAAUUCUGGAUUUGCUGUGACAUAUGUGAGAGAUGGUUCCAUGGGAAGUGCGUCAAAAUCACUCCUGCUAGGGCGGAGCACAUCAAGCAGUACAAAUGUCCUACCUGUACGAACAAGAGAGCCCGACCUUGACGCCCGUCUUCUAAUGGUAGUAUAAUCCGUCUGUAGGUUGAGUACCUUUGGUCUUGUUUAUUUGGAAUAGUUAGCUACUUCUCUCUCUCUCUUUGGUUAUAGAUCUAACUAUUCAUUGUAGAGACUUGCAUUGCUUCGUUUCCUAACAUUUAAUUAUCUAGUUUACUUUUAUUUA